UUACACAGCUGGAUGAUUUUUUAAUCGCUCUGUCUCUCUUAUUUCCACUGCAGGAUUUCACUCAUUUCCUCUCGUAUUUUGAAGAUUUGCCCCACUAUGAUCUGUGUUUAUGUUGCCUGUGUUUGUCUCGCUGCUGGAUUCACCUUGUCGUCCUCUCUCAGGAUGGAGGAACGGGACGUGGACUGCAGCCGACCGGGUCUGGACCACUGCACCAUUGAGAGGUGCUCGAGGACGGACGCCGAUCGAGAUCGAGCUCCGACCGGUCCAGAAUGGCCUCCUGAGUGCCCGAGAAUUGGACUGGACAAGCACGGACUGGUUCCUGUCAUGAAUGUGACGUGGAUGAUAAAGGCUGACAUGUCCAUCUCUACUCUUCGCGGCUCGCAGAUAAAUGUCGUGGAAGACAGAACAAAUCAAAGUGUGUGUGUGCAGUUUUCCUUCAGUACGAACCACACGCUGAGUCCAGAUUGUAACAGGUGGACGUUUUCAUUGGAUGAUGUUGUGGUGGAGCCUGGACAUAAAUACACACUGACCGUCUUCAAUUUGCCAGAGCCUCGUAUCGGCCAUUACAGGAUUAGCAGGAACAUUGCCAUCCCAGGAUGUGAUGACGCAAGAAUCCAAAAGGCCCAGAUAUGUUUGGAAAAUGGGAGUCUCUGGGAGCCCAACAUGUCUGUUACUGUGCUCACUGAUAAGGAACCUAAGAAGCUGUCAGUCAUUGUGGGAUUUGAGACAGCAAAGCAUUCAGAGAGGUACCAGGUUGCCAUCCAGAGCGAGGACUUCCUUCACUCAAGGGAUAUCUUCAAGGAAAACAGGACAUCCCUGAAUGUGACAUUUGAUUUGGAUUUGUGGCAGCUCUCACAAUGUGAAAUGUUCAUCGCGAUCAAACCCUUUUUUUUACGAUGCAAAAACAACUGUUGGGGCCCCAAGACGCCCGUAGACUACUGCCUGUAUCUUCGACCCCGAACUGCGAUUGUGAAGACUGCUGUCGUGCUGAUUUUCACUGGUUGCUGCCUUGCUUAUCUGCUGUGGAGAACGUGCCAUACUAAAGAUCCCCUCACCCUCUCCUCGCCUGCGAUCAAAGAACAGCCAGCCGUGAUUCAGAUCCAGGAGAGGAGGCGUGUUCUCAUCAUCUAUUCCUGCGACCAUCCUCUCUACAAACACAUUGUCCUCAAGCUCUGCGCCUUCCUCGCAGCCAAAUGCGGCACUGAGGUGAUCCUGGACCGGCUGGACUCUGCCAGGCUGGGCGUCCUGGGAAGCAUCCAGUGGCUGGAGUGCCAUCGAGAGCAAAUAGAAAGGUCUUCGGACAAAAUUUUAAUCCUGUGCUCUCCGGGCGUGCAGGCCAAAUGGAGAGCCAUGUGUGGCGACAAACCGGUCUUUCUGAGAGAGGACGUCCUUUCGCCCGUGGGGGACAUGCUCACCCCGUCUCUCAGUCUCAUGGUCCCUCACUUUAUUCAGUGCCCCACGUUCCAGAAGUACAUUGUGGCCUAUUUUGAUGACGUCUGUUCCGAAGAAGACGUCCCUUCGCCUUUCAAAAUCGCCGUGCGAUACAAGCUGAUGAAACAGUUCGAGGAAGUUUUCUUCAGGAUAUUGGACGCAGAAAAACACGAGCCGGGCAGAGUGAAGCAGAUCGAAGGAGUUUCAGAGGACAGAUACACUGAGAGCCCCUCAGGCAGAGCCCUGCAGAAGGCCAUAGAAGCUUUUCAGACAUACCAGCUGGAGCAUCCGCGGUGGUUUGAGGAUGAGUUGGUGGAGGGUUUGGACGGGGACGUUGAGGAGACGUCACCUGCAGCCUGUAAUCACAGCAUCACCGUCACAGACCAGACCACAUGUUGUGUACAGAGCUCAGUCCCAGUUACCAGGAGUGUAAAGUCACAGUAACGUAGAUUCACUGAAGACAAAACAGAAUUUUACAGACCUGAAAUGUUCCAGAUGUAUCGAGAAGUCACAUGAAAACACUGUAACUGAAUAUAUUGAUAGAAAUAUCAAGUGGUUUUUAUAAUAAUGAGCAUGCCAUGCAGUGAUUUCAGAUGCUUAAAUUGUACCAUAUUUCAAUUCUGCUUUAUGAUGUUUAGGUUUUUUUUUUUUUUUUGCAUUGAUCUAGAGUGUGUUUUUAUAAGGACCGAUUGAAGAGUUUAGCCCACAGAGGGCUGUGGUUGAUGCUUUCAGGCUGUGUCAACAGUGUGGGGGUCAAAGUUUAACCUUCUGGCCAAAGUUUGUCAGAUUUUUGUUUCACCACAGACGGUAAGUACUAACUCCAGAAACACUGUUUUACAUGUCAUGAAUUGACUGUGUUCAGUGUCUCGUGGACCUUUUCAUACUUCAAACCAUGAGCAUUUGCUUUGAUACGGUCUCUUAGUUUUUCUUACAUCUUUUCAGUUUGACACUGUUUGUUUUUUUUCACCUAGAUUUGUUUACAUUCUUGUCAGCUUUAAGUCUGUUCAUCUGAGGCAGUCAUUUUGCAAU